AUGAAAGAUGCUGUCAAUGAAGAACAUAAACAACAGCAGCAUCGUCGACCAGAACACCGGCACUCCUCUCCCGAUUUGAAUGAUGGCCAAGAGUUGGAUGACCAAUACACAAAAACCAAUCCAGUGGGUGAAUACACUCCAAUUUUUGAAGAAACUCCCCCGUUACCCCGUGAAAAAUCUCUAUCCCCGAAUCAAAACACCGAACCAAUUACUGAUGCCCAACUGAACUCGGUGACUGUAGAACUCUCGGAAAUGGAUCACGAAGAGGAAUCGGCCGAUCCGACCUCAUCUGAAAUUCUCGAACCACUCAUGCCUCAAACUCGUUCGUUCAAUGGCUCAAAACUACCAAAAUCAAAAGAUAAAAUAAAGAGCACAUCUAAUGAAAUACCUCACUCUGGGACGACCAGCAUAACAAUCAAUCAGCCACCAAUUACGGUGGACCGAGCUACCAGACAAGCACUGACAGAGCAAUAUCGACUCGGACUGAAACGGAUCGCUACCAACGUUGUGCCAGCAGAUGAUACGUCACGACGCUAUCACACAUUAACCCAUGUGGGACGAUCCUCGUCAGGACGGCUACCAGCAGAAAUCGUUCACACAACCUAUGUGAAUGCGAUUGACGUGCAAGAUUUGGUUCAUUACACACGUUUGUCCCAGUUGCACACGGAUCACUACGACGGUCCCGGGCAUCCUUUUCUGGAGUCGUCCGUGCCUCCAGACGAACUUCAUCUAGGCACACACGCUGGUGGUCACAGUCCAUGUCGAACACACACUUUGCCCCGACCCACAGUGUCACCGCUUUGGAUCGAGACGCACUCGGCCGGUCGGCAAUCGACACCCAUUCAGGAACCGUUUACUGUUGCGUCCCAACACGAUGCACUACUUUCCGAGUUGUACAAUCGGGGCAGCGGAGAUCCACUGAUCACAAACAACUCAGAUGUAGUGUAA